AUGAGUGAAGAAGAAUUACAGUUAUUGCGAUUAAAAGUGAAUGGUCGUGAACGGAGAAGAAUGCACGAUUUAAAUACGGCUUUAGACGGAUUAAGGGACGUGAUGCCGUAUGCUAAUGGUCCCAGUGUUAGAAAACUUUCUAAAAUAGCAACUCUGUUAUUGGCUAAAAACUAUAUCUUAAUGCUAAGC